CCAGUGUGAUAAAGACUGUGAUAAAGAAAGUGAUCUGAGAGAACAAAAGGGGCCUGUGUUGAUUGUCCUUGGGGCCUGAUUGGGUGAGUCACCCCCCUUUUCCCUAAGUUAUCAGCUGAGGGACAGGGCUUUCAUCUUGUAGGCCAGCCACCAUGUCUCUGCCAGUGGUCUAGAUCAAUGAGUUUUAAGAGAGGUUUGCUAAUCUGUGAGGGAUCAUCCAUUGUUCACAGGACAGUGAGAACCCAGCAAUCUGCCAUGAGCUGUAAUUGGCUUGGUGCCCUAAAGUCUGCACACAUGGGCUCAUGAUUUAUGGCUUAUGUGAAUGGUGAUCUUAUGCUUAUGCUUAUCUUAUGCUUAUGAUCUUGUGCGCUGAGGUCCAACAGCCUACAAUGCAUGUCUUUGGAAUGGGGUAGGAAACUGGUACAAGAUGAAAGUCCUGUCCCUCAGCUGAUAACUUGGGGAAAAGGGGGGUGACUCACCCAAACAGGCCCCAAGGACAAUCAACACCGUACCUCAAGGAAACCCCCGAAGCACGGAAAGAACACGCAAACUCCACUCACACAGGGCAGAGGUGGGAUUUGUACCCCCAACCCUUUCUUUGCAUACCCCAGCAUGUUAGGAAACUGGGGUCAGAGCGCAGGGUCAGCCAUGAUACAGUGCCACUGGAGCAGAGAGGGUUAAGGGCCUUGCUCAAGGGCCCAACAGUGGCAGCCUGGCAGUGCUGGGGCUUAAACCCCCGACCUUCCGAUCAGUAACAAGGGAGCCUUAACCGCUAAGCCACUACUGCCCCAUUUCUAUUUAAAUACAAUGAUUUAUAUCCAAACAUACAUAUAUACAUUCACAGACACAGACAGAAAGACAGACAGACAGACAGACAGACAUUUGUCCAAAUAUAUAUUCCCUUAAAUGCAGUGUGGAGUCCAAUUGAGUUGGGAUGUCAGCUAUUCCUGUUGGGGAGUUUUAUUGUUUUUCUCAUUUCUGCCUGUUUGUGGAAGAAGUUAGUCUCAAUGUGAAGAAAACUUACUGUGUGUGUGUGUGUGUGUGUGUGUGUGUGUGUGUGUGUGUGUGUGCAUGUGUUCCAGAAUGCGGGAGCGGGAUGUACAGAGUGUGUGUGUGUGGCUGCUGCUGCUCACCCUGGCCCUGCUGUCUCUCUGGGGGCGUCUGGCUCUGGCUUCCUCACACCGCAACCAUAUAGUGCAUGUGAAGGCUGGGACAUGUGAAGUAAUUGCGGCCCAUCGCUGCUGUAAUAAGAACAAGAUUGAAGAGAGAUCUCAGACUGUCAAAUGCUCCUGCCUACCCGGGCAGGUCGCUGGGACGACCAGAGCCGCUCCAUCCUGUGUCGAUGCAUCUAUAGUAGCCCAGAAGUGGUGGUGUCAGAUGCAGCCAUGUCUGGAUGGAGAGGAGUGUAAAGUUCUACCAGAUCUCACAGGCUGGAGCUGCAGUACUGGCAACAAGGUUAAAACGACAAAGGUAACUCGGUAGUGCCAUGCUCCAGCCAGAGGAAUUGGAAGUAGAUGAAUUGGAAAUGGAAGGACUUGCAGAUACAACUUCACCGAUGCUAAAAUAAUACGGGAACCGAAGCAACAAGGUCUCGUGUUCCACUCCAUUCAUACCAAUGAAGACCAUCACACUACUCAGCUCUCCUCCAUCCUCCAUACUUGUAACCCGUUGUCCUGAGCAUUUGCUGGAAAUCUCGUCAGCACAAAUAAAGGGAUAAAAGACUGUCUGCUCGCUGGAAUUUCGCCAUGCUUCUGGAUUAUAUCUUAUGGUAGAACGCUAAUCGCAGAGACAACACACUGCUAACGUCGGAACUGUUUUAUUUGUCCAGUUUCUUCUUUCUCCAGCUGCUUAGACGUUCUGUUGUGUUAUGGUUUUCUUUCUUCUGUCUGUCGAUGCUUCCUGUAACCUCACAUUUUGACCCUGAAAUGAAAAGUGACAUUUUUG